UUUGAAAAAGCCGCUGCUGAAGUUAAAGCCUUCAAAACCAAACCAUCAAAUGAAGAAUUAUUAGAACUCUAUGCCUUAUACAAACAAGCUACCGGUGGUGACAACAACACUUCACAACCAUGGGCUGUUCAAGUUGAAGCUAGAGCCAAACAUGAUGCCUGGUCAACCAAAAAAGGUUUAUCACAAGAUGAUGCCAAGACCCAAUACAUCGCCUACGUUGAAAAAAUCAAACCAACCUAUGCUUAA